UUAAUCUCCACCGUUACCAUCACACUUUAUUCUUCUUCCUCUCUUUUGUUCCUCAUUCUUCUUGUACACACAUGUCUACUUCCCCUUUCAACCUCCACCAAACCCUCCAAACCCGCCCGGAUUCCGAAGACGACAACAACCAAACCACUUCGGAAUCCGGGGACGGUUACGGCCGCCGCCCGCGCGGCCGUCCUCCCGGUUCCAAAAACAAGCCAAAACCACCCGUAAUCAUCACCCGCGAAAGUGGCCACACUCUCCGCGCUCACAUCCUCGAAAUCAGCGACGGAUGCGACGUGUUCGAAUCCGUCUCUGAUUACGCUAGGAAAAAACAACGUGGGAUUUACAUAGUCAGCGGUACCGGUACCGUAAACAACGUUAGUUUACGGCAGCCGGCUGCCGCUGGCUCUGUUCUCACGCUGCAUGGCCGGUUUGAGUUACUUUCGCUAUCGGGUUCAUUUUUACCACCCCCGGCUCCACCGGGUGCUACUAGUUUGACGAUUUUUUUGGCGGGUGGACAAGGUCAGCUUGUUGGUGGUAAUGUGGUUGGUGCUUUGGUGGCCUCUGGGCCGGUGAUUGUUAUAGCUGCUUCUUUCACAAAUGUCGAAUAUGAGAGGCUCCCGUUGGAUGAUGACAUCCAAGACGAAGCCGCUGCAAGUAGCGGUGGAAACGGGGACGAGGAUGGUGGUGUUGAUGUUGGUGUUGGUGUUGGGGUUAUGUUUCCUGAGUCUUCAUCUAUAGGGUUGCCUUUCUUUAAUUUGCCGGUUAGUGUGACUAACGUGGUUGAUGGUGGUGGUUGGUCUGGUAACGCGGCGAACCAGCCGCAGUUCUAAGGAAGAAGAGAGGUUGUCAACUUGUCAUCGAUUUGAUCUUCAUUUUUGUUGUGUUCAAUUUGUUUGGGGUUUGGUUAGGUUUCAAUGUGUUGAUGUAGUUUUGGUUUUUGGUUCUUUAGAUUUGCGAAUUAAGAUAUUGGUUAUGUCUGUCCUUGUGAAACUAUUUUGAUAUUUUGAAAAGUAAGGUUUGCUAUGAA